GAAAGACUCCUAAGCCUUGGGAAUGUCUUUGGCGAUCCUCCCAAAUUUAAUUGUAGUAUACGCUCGGAAAGAAACGUCCGAAAUAUGAAUAAUGACCCCGCUUAGUUUACUGCGACGGAAAACCACACGUUAAUUUUAGCCCUUGCUUUUGUUGGCGCCGUACAGGAGUCACUCGCGGAUCGCGAGUCUUUGCUGUUAAAUGUACAUCACGUCACGUCGGUGGCCAUUGCUGCGCCGCUUCCGGGUUCGCUGCUGAGGCAAUCUGCGGGAAAGUGGGAGUAAGACGGGGCCGAGUCAAGAGGAGAAGAGAGGAGAAGAACGGAGCGGAAAGCGGCGGCUCGGCUGCUUCACGACGCUGGUCGGCCAGAGGCUGGUUUGAUGAUAGAGGUAAAGGAGCAGUGCACCUGGGGUAGCUCAUCCUAUUGACCUUUACCCAAAAUAUUCUUGGUGGACAUGGCCAGUGCCACCCCACUGGCAUCUGGCUCCAGUGCCCCCAAUGACACCAACCCUGGGGUCAGCAGCUCGACAGCCGGGGAGGGGGGUACGCAGGACAGCACCUUUGAAUGCAACAUCUGUCUGGACACGGCCAAGGACGCCGUCAUCAGCCUCUGCGGACACCUUUUCUGCUGGCCGUGUUUACAUCAGUGGUUGGAGACGCGGCCAAACAGGCAGGUGUGCCCAGUGUGCAAGGCGGGAAUCAGUCGGGAGAAGGUGAUCCCCUUGUAUGGCCGAGGGAGCACGGGGCAGCAGGACCCCAGGGAGAGGACGCCUCCCCGCCCUCAGGGACAGAGACCGGAGCCGGAGAAUCGCGGGGGCUUCCAAGGCUUCGGUUUCGGCGACGGAGGGUUCCAGAUGUCCUUUGGCAUUGGCGCCUUCCCCUUUGGUAUCUUCGCCACGGCAUUUAACAUCAACGACGGUCGACCACCACCAGCCGUCCCCGGGACCCCCCAGCACCAGGACGAGCAGUUCCUGUCCCGCCUCUUCCUGUUCGUCGCCUUGGUGAUCAUGUUUUGGCUGCUCAUCGCAUAGAUUGCGGGGAACGACGUCUGUCCCAAAAAGGUUCUCUCUCUCAUGAAGUUCAAAAAGCACAUGGUCACAAGAAACGGAAACCGUUCACUCAAACUGGCCCUCGACAGCUUUCCCCUGCUAGUUUUUGUUACGGAUAUUUCAGAUCCUGCAGUGUCCUUAUACUUGAUGCUAAGCACUACAUUUUGCUGAGUUCUAACAAACUCUCUUCUUGAUUAAGGGUGGUCAGAUUUCCCUGUUUGUAGUGAAACUUUGAGCUUCAUUCAAUAAGUUGUUUCAAAUAUUACUGCGGGAGCUUAUAUCUGCUGUUAUCUUGGGUGAUUUGCUAUUGACACUGAAUUUUGCUCAGGAGGCCUAUAUUUUUGCUUAUUUAAUGACUCUAUAUCUGGCCAUUUGUACCAUUUAGUAGUUAUUAGUUAAUACAUGCAAUAGCACCAACAUCAUGACCAGUUAGGAUUAAAUUAUAAUAUUAACUGCUUAAAAAGUACAUUUGGAAGAAAUGUAGAAUGGGCUUCAUACACGGUGUAACUGACGCAGGACCUGGGCCCCCAGUGGGUAAUAGUGCUUCCAAAUAUGCAGCUUUGGGUUCUGUGAACCAAGUUCGCUUCCCAUAAAUGAUUCAAGUUCUGUACCAUUCAGAUCACAGACAGUAGUGAUAGUGGUUGACUUUAUUGGAUCUUGUGUGAAGGGGCCUGGGCCUGGACCUAGGGGGGAAUAGAUUUUGUGUUCCGGGCCGAACUGGGCAAUUAUUUUGUACUCCGGAGUGAAGAAAGGGAAUUUCCCUAUGUGUCUUAUUUACACGAUCAUCAUCAUAAAGACAUUCUGAGGUAUAAUCACAGCAGUAAUAACCCAUCUUUCCCUUAUUCACGGGGUAUGAAUUUGCACAGUAUGCAAAAAUGUCUGUAACUGAUUUAGUUUGGCAAAUGACAAAACGUGCCCCCGUGUGGUUUGUAGGAGAGUAGGUAGGGUGUUCAUUAGCCAGCGAAUUACAGACAGUAUUUUCCCCUCUAACGCCUAUGCAGUGUCAGCGACGGUACUGAGUGUUAUUCUAGUUAUGGUUUUCAGGCUGUUAAGAUUCUAUUAAAGUAUAGUUUAUCUAAUGAAAGUCAUCUUUCUGACGUAGUGAUUAAACAUCAAAUCACCCUGAUUUGUCCACUGAAAACUCAAAGCCAAGUUGGUGAAGAGAAAUCACUUUUAGCCACAGAUUAUGGCUAGUAGUUUUGUUGAUUUUAAGUUGUGUAUAAACGGUUUAUAGGCUGUUGACUGAUUGUUACCCUGUGUGUAUAAUUCCUGCCUUAGAAAUAAAUGUAUUUUGGGGAAAAAAAACACAUGUGAAAA